CCCGUGCGCUUUGACAACCUUCGGAGUGGCGCUCGCCAGGCCCGCGCGGUUGUUCCGUGAGGGGGCAGAAGAUGCCUGCCGAAGAACAUCAGCCGGAAGGAGGGAAUCAUGUUUCUAUUGGGAGUGAUUCAGGUAAUACGGGACUAAUGGAAGCCGAACAAAGAGGCCCUUUGCCUCCUAGUGAAGGUCACAUGGGAGACCAUCAGGAAGCUCUUGCCUUGGAAAGCAAGCUACCUGCAGCAGCAGGUCCGUCUUCUGGAGCACUGAGAAAGGGACCGCUGCUGCUCAUCGACAGGCAGCAAAUCCAGUCUGUGGCACGUGGUGCUCAGGCAGAUGAACUCAGAGACCUGGAAGUUGAUGUGUAUGACCAGGAAGUAUUGGAACAAGGAGUUCUUCAGCAGGUAGACAAUGCAAUAAAUGAAGCAAACAAGGCGGUGCAAAUUGCUGAUGCAGAAAAAGAAUACCAGUCUGUACUGGAUGACUUGAGGUCAUGUACAACAUCCUUGAAACAAAUUGCUGCAAUUAUUGAGCAAUUUACUCCACAAGCUGCCACUAAUAAAGAUAUUAACCGAAAACUAGAUUCUGUGAAGCGGCAAAAAUACAACAAGGAGCAGCAGUUGAAAAAGAUCAAAGCAAAGCAAAGACGCCUUCAAAUAAUUAUUGGAGAAGAAAUUUCUGGUGAAAUAGAUGGUGUUGACUUUGAGGAAGAUGUCGAACCUGGUCCCUCAUCACUUGGGAGCAUGCUUAUGCCAGCCCAGGAAACUGAAUGGGAGAACCUCAUCCGAACUGGUCAGAUGACUCCAUUUGGAACAAAGAUACUCCAGAGCCAAGAGAAGAAGCCCCGUCGGAUAAUGUUAGAUGAAGAAGCUGGUUUUGAAAAAUACUUGGCGGAUCAAGCAAAACUCUCAUUUGAAAGGAAGAGGCCUUCAGUUCGUAAGGGGACCAAGAAGAAAGCUCCCUCGCAGAAGAAUUUGGUCAAAACUCCAGUAUGUCCUGUAAAAGGCAAAGGAAGCGAGAGUAAAAGCCGGCCCAAAACAGACAGCCGUUUGAAGAAGCACAUGAGAAAGCUUCAGAACCACGUUCUUAAGAUUCAGGCCAAGGCCAGACUUCCUAAGGGCAAUGAGAUACAGGGAGAGGAGCAACAGGAGAACAGUGAGGAGUCGGAAUACAGGCCUGAUGAGGAAGAGCUUGGUAGUCUGGAUGGGGAAGAUGAUUUUUUUCAAGAAGAUGAUGGUGACGAUUAUGAAGUGAAACCUUUGCCAAGGAGAAAGAAAUUUUCAUUAACACGCGAAUUUCAAGAAGAUUUUGGGGAUGAUGACUUUUUCCCAAGCUCUGAUGAAGAGGAGGAUGAUAUUGCUGGGAAAAGGAGAAUUAAACAAUGUAGAGAUGAUGGCGAUGAAGACUACUAUAAACAAAGGUUAAGGAGGUGGCACAAGCAACAACUGAAAGACAGAGAGGAGCGGCAGAAGACUGGGGAAGAUUCAGAUGAUAGCGAUGCUGAAUUUGCUGAGGGUUUUAGAGUUCCAGGUUUCCUUUUCAAAAAACUUUUCAAGUACCAGCAGACAGGUGUUGGGUGGCUCUGGGAAUUGCACUGCCAGCAGGUGGGAGGAAUUCUGGGAGACGAGAUGGGAUUGGGCAAGACCAUCCAGAUAAUUGCUUUCUUGGCAGGUCUGAGCUACAGCAAGAUCAGGACGCGUGGUUCAAAUUACAGGUUCCAAGGGCUGGGUCCCACAGUGAUUGUGUGCCCAACCACAGUGAUGCAUCAGUGGGUGAAGGAGUUUCAUACCUGGUGGCCUCCGUUUAGAGUUGCAAUUCUACAUGACACGGGCUCUUACACCAAUAAAAAGGUAAAACUGAUUCAGGAAAUUGUAGCAUGUUGUGGCAUUCUGAUAACCUCCUACUCUUACAUUCGCAUGCUGCAAGAUAACAUCCAUGGUUAUGAUUGGCAUUAUGUCAUUCUAGAUGAGGGACAUAAAAUUCGGAAUCCAAAUGCUGCAGUCACGGUUGCUUGCAAACAGUUCCGCACUCCUCAUCGAAUCAUCUUGUCUGGAUCGCCUAUGCAAAACAACUUAAAAGAGUUGUGGUCCCUCUUUGACUUCGUAUUUCCAGGAAAACUGGGAACACUUCCUGUCUUCAUGGAGCAAUUUUCUGUUCCAAUAACCAUGGGUGGCUAUUCCAAUGCCUCUCCAGUUCAGGUAAAAACAGCAUAUAAGUGUGCUUGCAUUUUACGGGACACAAUUAAUCCCUAUCUGUUGCGGAGAAUGAAGGCGGAUGUUAAAAUGAGCCUGUCACUACCAGAUAAAAAUGAGCAGGUACUGUUUUGCCGUUUGACAGAUGAGCAGCACCAAGUGUACAAAACGUUUAUUGAUUCCAAAGAGGUUUAUCAGAUUCUCAAUGGAGACAUGCAGAUUUUCUCCGGAUUGGUGGCUCUGAGAAAGAUCUGCAACCACCCAGACCUCUUUUCCGGUGGCCCUAAAAUUUUGAAGGGUGUCCCUGAUGAAGAAUUGAAUGAAGAAGACCAUUUUGGAUUCUGGAAGCGUUCUGGGAAAAUGAUAGUUGUAGAGUCUCUGCUGAAAAUAUGGCACAAGCAAGGCCACAGAGUACUUCUCUUUAGUCAGUCUCGGCAGAUGCUGCACAUUCUUGAAGCGUUUCUGAAGCAGAGAAGCUAUUCCUAUCUCAAGAUGGAUGGCACCACAACAGUGGCAUCAAGGCAACCCCUUAUUGCAAGAUUUAAUGAGGAUGAAUCCUUAUUUGUAUUCCUACUUACCACUCGAGUCGGUGGGCUUGGUAUUAACUUGACGGGUGCAAACAGAGUGAUUAUUUAUGACCCCGACUGGAAUCCCAGCACAGACACUCAGGCUCGUGAACGUGCUUGGAGAAUAGGCCAAAUGAAAGAAGUAACCGUGUACAGACUUCUGACUGCUGGUACUAUCGAAGAAAAGAUUUACCACAGACAAAUCUUCAAACAGUUUCUAACAAAUAGAGUGUUGAAGGAUCCGAAGCAGAGGCGCUUCUUCAAAUCAAACGACCUCUAUGAACUCUUUACGUUGAGCAGCCCAGAUGGGGCACAAGGGACCGAAACCAGUGCUAUAUUUGCAGGCACUGGCUCGGAUGUUCCAACACCCAAAUGGCAGUUGAAGCGUAAAGCUGUGAACUUGCCUCACUCUUCUGAGCGACGGCACCGCCUUGCAGGACGUACAUCACCCACAAGCACCAGGCUGCCAGAUUCCUUCUCGGAAAGACAGCGUGUAAGUUCACCUAUUACAGCAACAGAACCAGAUGAAACAGUCAAGCACAGCACAGAAGUGUCUCCUCGGAUUUGCAGUCCUCCCCAAAGCGAUGCUCAGAUGACGGCAGCUGCUCCUACAGAUCCAUUUAGUGGAAUAGAAGAGAAACCUUUAGGGUCAGGUGGUGAGGGAUCACUAUCCAGAGCACAGCUGGAGAAGAAAGAAGCUCCUGAGAACACAGGAUGUUUGGAUUCCUUUCCAGUUGGUGAUACGAGUAUAUUUGGUGAAAGUCGGCGUGAUCUCAUACAUGAGAAGGCGCAGGAUGGGAAUGAGGAACCGGAUAAUAAUUGCAGCAAGCACACCUCAAAAACGAAACAUCACAAGCACAGGCCACGGAAGCGGAAACGUUCUCGGGAUGCCAGAUUUGAGGGUCAGCGGAUUCCUCACCUUGUGAAGCAGAGAAAGUACCGAAAGGGGGACAGCGAGGAAGAGAAGCAUCCCAAGAAAGCUGAGGAUUAUGUUUUGGAGAAGCUUUUCAAAAAAUCAGGAAUACACAGUGUAAUGAAGCAUGAUGCCAUUAUGGAAGCCUCCAGUCCGGAUUAUGUGCUGGUGGAAGCAGAAGCCAAUCGUGUUGCUCAGGAUGCCCUUAGAGUGCUGAAGAUCUCUCGUCAGCGAUAUCAGGGAGCCGCUUCUGGUUUUCCAGCAAGAACAAAAAGCAGAUUUGGUCAGAAGAGGAACCCAACCUUGGUGACAGAAUCUACCUCCUCUCCAUCUCCAGGAAAGAAAUGCAAGGAUCUUGAGAAAAGGAGAGAAGAGAAUAAAAGCAGAAAUAUUUCUACCACUCACUUUGAUGGCAGGGUGGAAGCAGGAGAGUCUUCAAAUACCAUGGACUCGUCAUCUCUGCUAGCUAAAAUGAGGGAAAGAAACCAUCUGAUUGUACCCCAGAGAACUGACAGUCAAACAGAGGAGAAUCUCCAGCAGGGAGCAGCUGUGCCCUCUGUAGCUACAGAACAUCACGAGUUACUGAUGGACGUCCGAAACUUCUUGGCUUUCCAGGCCCAGGUGCCUGGUCAAGCCAGCACUCAGGAAAUACUGCAGGAGUUUGAAUCAAAACUGACUGUGGAACAGUCCUCGGUCUUCCGAGAGCUCCUGAGAAACCUCUGCACUUUUUAUAGGAGGCCAAGCGGGGAAGGACUCUGGAACUUAAAACCCGAGUUUACCUGACGUAUUAUUGCCGGAUGCGUGCUCUCCAUCCAAACACUCUUUUAAGUCAGCUUUUAAAGUGAUGCUGUGCUCAUCAUAUGUAGUGAGCUGGUUGGUGCCUGGUGCUCUGCUUAAAUACCUUUAUAUACUGUUUCACACAUGAAAUGCUGUCUACCUCGAAAUGCAGCACUAGCAGCCAAGUGUUGUUGGGGUUUUUUUUGCAAAAGGACAUGACUGGGACUCAAAAUACUUGAUUUAUAACUGGAUUUCCAUUCAGCUUUCUGAUAACCUACGCCAUAAAAAUCAGAAAGCACAAGCUGUUGGUCCGAAUGCGUAUUGACGUGAUGACAUCUUAGGUGGGUACCGGGUGCGUAAUCACAGUGAUUAACAAUAUUAAGAAUAAUUGCAUUUGAUCCUGAGAUAUAUAUGCACUGUACAUUCUUAGGAAGUGAUCUGUAUAUGAUAACAUUUUCUACUGCCGGAUUUUAACUGGUCUAGAUCUGGGACUCAACAUCCUAUUUGGGUGUUAGCAAUGACGGAGGGGCAGGUCUCCCUCGAUAUCAGAAGUUCUCACACACUCGGUUAGGGGUUUCUUGGUGUUAUUCGUUCGACUGCCUAUCUUGCUGCGGUGACUGGAAACCAUAGGCUUGGCUAGAGAGAAAUCAUUAUUCUCUCUUUGGUUACUAAAUGAAUAUGACCGAGACAAGCUUGUACAGGGUGCCUCAUCCAACAGCACCUUUUUCUUUUUGGCGGUACGGUUCUAUUAGGAACUUGAGCAUUUGUUACUCCAAGAAUUAUGGGCAGGUGAUUAUUAUCUAAAGUGCAGCCUGAAGCACAGUACAGUGGUACCUCUACUUACGAAUUUAAUGCGCUCCAAACGCACAUUUGUAAGUCGAAAAAAAUUGUAAGUCGAAUCCCAUAGGAAUGCAUUGGGAGAAAAAAUUCGUAAGUCGAAGCAACCCUAUCUAAAAAUUCGUAAGUAGAAAAAAUCCUAUCUAAACCACAUCCAAGAUGGCGGAUGGAGCUCCAUUUGUAAGUGGAAACAUUCGUAAGUAGAGUUAUUCGUAAGUAGAGGUACCACUACGCCAGAAAAUGAUUUUUAAAAGGUUUAGUGAUUUAUUGUUUGCCCUGAUAUAAGGCAGCCUUAGUAACUGACGGUCUUUAUCAAUUCCUUUGAGUAAAGAAUGGACAUGAUUCCUGGUUUUGGUGGCAAUGCAUGUGGUCGUUCUGAUAUUAUUACUCUCAGUUGCAGAAUUCUGGCAAUAAGAGAAAUAAACCACGGAAGAUCUAGAGGCAAGAACAUUGGCAAUUCAUUUUGUUGAGAUUUUUGUGCUUAGUGGUACUCCAUUCAUUGAAAUACCGGUAUGUCAAUAUUGGGUUUUGUAUGCAGAAAAACAAAAUAUCAAAAAUAUUUUGUGUGCCAAAAAUAUCAAGAUCUACCAUAUACUCCACUAACACUGAAGCAGUUGGUAACAAUAAGCAACAAUAAGCACUUCUACAAUCAUGUAGCUCUUUUGAUAAAAUAAGUUGCACCUACAACAAAUAAAUCUGCUUUAUAGGUCACUGUCCUGUUUGUCAUUCAGCUAAAAGAUCACCUUGAAUUUGAUAGUUAUCUAACCAUUUUGGUUAAAUAUACAUCUGAUAAUAUCUCUCGGAGCUUUAUGCAAUGAGCAUAUCUGCUGCUCCCACCCCACUUCUCCUUCAUAGCAAUGCAAUUUUUUUAAUUAAAAAACCGUACAUUGCCCUUCAGUAUUUCCAUUUUAAGGACAGUUAUCCAUAUGCGUGGAUAAAAUCAACAGUAAUGCAACAGUAAUUUUACACAGUCACAAACUAUAUUACCCAAAUUUCACCGAUGACUUCAUAGGUGGAAGACGAGAGCACUCUUCAAAUACCUGAAGGCUGUCGCACAGAAGAGAGCAAAGAUUUGUUCCCAACUGCACCCAAGGAGAGAACUAGAUUGAAUGGUUUAUGUUAUAGGAGGGCAGGUAUCAGUUGAAUCUUCAAAUAAAUAUUGAUGAUUAAGAGCAGUUCAACAAUGGAAACAAUUGCCUAGAGGGUGAUGGGUUCUCCAUUGCAGGAAGUCUUGAAGUAGAACCAUCAGCUUGAGAGUGCUUUAUUUCUGGAUUUCCUACAUAAAGCACUUGGGGUAGGGUUAGAUUAGAACGGAAUCUAAAGGGCUGAAUCACCCUAAACCAGAUGCCCUCCUCACCAGUCAACUUCUUCUCCCUGCCAAAUUAAAAGGUGCUCUACAACCUUUUGGAUUUCAAGUAUGAGGCAUCUGGUUCCAUUAUGAUUUAAGUGGAGUCCAUCUGCUUCACAUUGUUCCAAAAUGUUCCCCGGCACUUACCAUACCAAAGCCCUUCCUCCAAACAGCAUAAUUGCAGAUUUUCUUGUUAAAGCAGCCCUACACAUGGGGAUAAAAAGGAUUUCCAAAAAACAUUUGGAUGCCUUUCAUUUCAGCAACCUACAUGGCAACCUAAAUUGGGCUUCCAAGAGUCCUUCACUUCAUUUGCCCACUGUUAUACCGUAGUACCCGCAUAUAGAGAGGCCACUGAUUCUAGCACUCUUGGAUCUACCUAGACCUCUUGUGAUGUCAGCAGUCUUCUCACCAGGCAAGUAGCUCAUCAUUCAGUGAGCACACUUAAAACUUAUUUUUUAUUUCUUUAUUUGUUGAAUAGAUUUAUAUCCUGCCUUUUUUUAAAAAAAACAAUUGUGUUAUAAGGAGGCUUACAAUAAUAUAGAAAUUUAUAGCAAUAAUAAGACCAGAAAACAGUGACAAUAAAAUUAAUGCAUAGUAUAAAUACUCUUAGUAAUGCAUAGUAUAAAUACUCUUAGUAGUGUGCAAUGCUUUUUUCUGGGGGGGGGGGGUUGCAGGAAUAUGCAUACCCUUAAAUAUCUAACGGGAGAAGAAACUUAAAAUUUUAAAAUUUUUAGUUUCUUCUCUAGCACAGGGAAUCGUCAGUUCCGUUGCUACUCCUGAUGGCAGCCUCAUUUCCUGUUACAGUGUUUCCUGAGUGUCAGACAGAAUGAGAGUACAUUUUUUUAGAAGGAAAAAAAAGCACUGGUAGUGUGUCUUCAGAAAGAAAUAAUAUCAGUUUGUCAUGUAAGCAACAGAACAGGCUCUUCUACACUUCUCUGCAACAGUACCAAAGCUGUCCUCAUAAUACUGUUGAGUUCUCUUUGAUGCUGUUGACAUCACGGACUAGCCAAACGCUGGGGGACGAGUGACCAGCUGGCUGAAUUUCAGAGUGUGGCUCCCUUUCGCGAAUCUGAAUUAAGCAUCCACUUCUCCAUUGCUUAUGUUUCUUAGUUGGGGAAAGAAUGACGUGUUUCCAGUAACAAUUGAUUUUAACCUUGAGUGUGGGGAAAAUGCAAUAUCCUGCUCCUUGCAACAGAAGUUCCACCUUCGUGGAUGACAGCUGGAUCCCACCCAGAUUAGUAAUGAUUGUGCAUUCAUUGUCCAAUAAACUGAUUAGCAAGCUUAUGAGAAAACCACCUGGUUCCAUGUGGGUUGUCAGCCAGCACUCCCAGUGUUCAUACCUCUUCCCAUUAAUCAUUUGCUUGUUCCCCAAUUUUCAAUGCGUUUCUCCAUCACUUUCCUAACAGCAAAGAGUCCAGGGGUUCUUUUAUAAGUAGAUUUGGUCUGCUAAGGCAGCAAAGCCCUUUAAUCUGCUUUAACUGCAACCUGAGUUUCCUCAUAUGCAUUUAAUCCUUCCUGCAAAACACUGAUAGACAUGGGGCACUCUAUCUCUAUCACUAACCAUAAGCUAGUUGCAACAAGUUUAUUCCUAUAAAUAUGUAAACGCCUGUAAACUGGAAGUCCCAUAUCCAAGCUCAGAUGGACAUUUCCUAGAAAUAAAGGGUGUGGGGUUGACUGACACUUCAUAGUAUUUCUCUGAAGCCAAAAUACAUGGUGCUGUUGAGCUUUUUCCUAAGCUGUUGAAAAUUUCCCUCUCCCUGCAACCUGCCCCUGCUGUGUUGUUCAACUUCAUGGGAAACAGCUGAGAGAGUGAAAAGGGGGCUGGACUGCAUAAAAGGUUUCUCUUUAUUUGGAAGCCCAAAUAAACUUGCUGCUUGGCUGAUCAGUGGGAGAGGAUGUGAGAUUAGGCAGUGGGCCAGAAGAGGUAGAAUGGAGAGUAUAAAUUGCACAUUUCUGAACAAGAAAUUGGGGGGGGGGCAUGUUUCCUGGAGACAAUGCAUAAUGACUGUAUAAUGUACAUAUUGCUUGGAGAAUAUGCAAAAUGCAAUUGAUUUAGACACAUUCCCCAAACCUUCUUGAAGGUUAUGCCUAUUUCCCAAAGAGAAUGUACAAAAUUGAGUUGCUAUAUGGACAUGUCCCAAGAUCUGUUGGAGAUUAUGUAUACAGUGGUACCUCUACUUACGAAUUUAAUGCGUUCCGAACGCACAUUCGUAAGUCGAAAAAAAUUGUAAGUCAGAGCCCAUAGGAUUGCAUUGGGAGAAAAAAUUCGUAAGUCGAAGCAACCCUAUCUAAAAAUUCGUAAGUAGAAAAAAUCCUAUCUAAACCGCAUCCAAGAUGGCGGACAGAGCUCCAUUCGUAAGUAGAGUUAUUCGUAAGUAGAGGUACCACUGUAUUUACUGGGAAAUGAUUCCCUCUUCAUUGAAGGAUUAUGUGCACAUUUUCCAGGAGAAUCUGCACAAUGGCCAGUUGUUCUGCACGUUAACUGCUUAAACUCAAAUUCCCCUUAACAUAAACCAGGGGUUGGCAACCUAAGGCCCAUGGGCCACAAGUGGCCCAUGAGGGUUGUUUAACCAGCCCAUGGACCCCCACCGCCCACAGGGUUGGCUCUCGUGUGCUAAACCGGUGCGGAGCAGAACGGGGACCGCCUUCCAUGGCACUGGCCGGCUUCCCAUUGGCUGCAGGAAGCUCCUACAGCUAAUGGGAAGCUGCGCACGCGUCUUCCGCACCAGAAGGAGCGCCGAAAGUAGUGUUUGUGCAUGCACGCGCGCACACACUCCAGCCCACCGCGGCGUCUACAGGACCGUGAACCGGCCCAAGCCACAAAACCUUUGCCGACCCCGACUGCAAACCACAUCGGCAUAUCCUGCAACCGAGAUCCCAGGAGCCACAAAGUGGUAACUCAUCUAGAAGUGCCAUCAGCUUGAUCUCUUGGGGGAAAUGUACAAGAAAACUUGUAAAAAAAGAACUGAGGCAAGUUCAAUACUUUGAAUAAAAGUUUGGGCUUUCUAUCUGCUUGCGUAAUCUCACUGCUUCUGAAGGAAAAUAUGGGACAGCUGCAUAUUCCUGCAUUGCAGAUGGUUGGACUAAAACCUGAUGAUUCUCAGGGUAUCUUCCAACUAAUAAUAAUAAACUGGAGUGCUACUCAGAGCUUUUGAGGAAGUUAGAAAGAUUCUUGGUACUGGUAAAGCUCAGGCAUAACCAUGUGAAGGAUCAAAAGCAAAUGGGGAAAUGUAAGGUGUACAUUAUUACUUGAGAGCUACACAUUUGUGCUCAGUAGUGAAUUCAGAAUAUUCAAAGCAAUGUGGGACCAUGAUAAGCUCACAUUCAGUAAUGAGUUGAACUCAAUAGGUGAUUCAGAGCUACUCUUGCCAUUAGGCAAAACGAAGCUACUGCCUUGGGUGGCAAAUUUGGCAUGGGGGCAACGGGAGCCCCCAGCCGUUCCCCCUGAUUCUCCCAGCUAUUCUCAUACAUUGCCACAUGGCCUGUCCUGCAUCUCCUAAUUUGGCUCAGGUGUUCUGGAGGACAUUAUCCCAUCGCCGCUUGAAGUAAAAUUCAAUUAUUAGUCCAGUUGGCUUCUGUGCUUGAAAUCACCUCAGGCAGCAAAAUGUCUUGGGCCAUCCCUGGACAGAUCAGACUUUGCCCAGUUGCUCCGUCCGCAGGAAUCGCUUCUGUGGCAUCUCCCUGCAGAAUCAGCUGGAUGCAUUCCAAGUUCUCCGACAGAUGGCCAAGGAAUUUCCAGGCAGAAAAGGGAGGAUCUAACACUAAUGGUUGAAGCAUCCCAACUCCCAAGGGUCUGCAAUCUGAGACACUGAAACGCUACGGCGAUGGUACUGUGAUUCCACGAAAAUUAGAGCACAUAUCAGAUCUUCUCCAGGACAUAAUUUCAUGGGUGGCAUCAACAUGUGAAGUUCAGAAAGUGUAGUACCAAGGAAAUUGCACCAGGUGAUUGGAAUGAAGUUUGCCAUCCUCAAUGUCUCCUGUCUGUGGCAUUGUGUUCUCGGCUACAAUAAUAUUACAGGCUGCAAUACGAAUGUAAGAUGGGUCAGGCCAAAGACUCAUUGAGUCCAGCCUCCUGUUCUCAAUGGGGCCAAUCAGAUGCCUAAGGGAAGUUCAUAAGCAGGAUAUAAGUGCAACAGCGCUUGUGACUUCCAGCAAAUUCAGAGGCAUGCUCUCCUCCAGUGGCAAAGAAAGGACUUAGUCAUAGCUGCAACCUCCACAAAUCUAUCCAUGAAUUUUUCUAUUUAUAUUACAAAGCCAUCCAAGUUUAUGGCAAUUGCUGCAUCUUUUAUUUACAUGUAUGUUAAUAAUAGGGGACCCAGGUGGUGCUGUGGUUAAACCACUGAGCCUAGGGCUUACUGAUCAGAAGGUCGGCGGUUCGAAUCCCUGUGACGGGGUGAGCUCCCGUUGCUUGGUCCCAGCUCCUGCCAACCUAGCAGUUCGAAAGCACGUCAAAAAUGCAAGUAGAUAAAUAGGAACUGCUACAGCGGGAAGGUAAACGGCGUUUCCAUGUGCUGCUCUGGUUUGCCAGAAGCGGCUUUGUCAUUUCCACAUGACCUGGAAGCUAUACGCCGGCUCCCUCGGCAAAUAAUGCGAGAUGAGCGCGCAACCCCAGAGUCGGUCACGACUGGACCUAAUGGUCAGGGGUCCCUUUACCUUUACCUUUAUGUUAAUGAUAUUAACACUACCAUCAUAAUGUUGUUGAGGUUGAGUAUGAAAUGUGUUAUUUGUUGGUUUACCUUAAUAAAGAAUAAUAAUUUCUUAAAAGACUGAAAAGUCAAGAAAUUGCAAGAAUUAAGGAGAUCAUUAUAAACAACUAGUGUCAUUCAGCCCGUUAAGUAAACGGGCGCUAGCCGAGCGGGAACGGAGGGGAAGCCCUGGGACCGCGCAGGCGUCGCCCCCGUCGCUGCCUCCACCGGCGGGGAUGUGCGUUGAGGGCCCCAGGCUCUCCCUGGGUGGUUUGCUGUGGCGGCGGGUGGGCGGUUUGUGUGUGUGUGUGUGUGUG